AGAAGAAGACCGGAACCAAUGUGACACAGUCGGAACCUUUCGACAAACGUUUCACUGCGGGUUUAUUUAUUGGUGACACCUUGGGAACAGCUGUUCGAUCUGCUAGCUACAGCCAAGUUACUGGCUAACUCGGCGUUAAUGAAAAUAUAUUAUCGUUUUCCUUUUUUCCUUUUUAUAUUUCACUGAUUGAUUGGAGGACUGUCACCAUGGAGCCUGCCUGUCGUAAAGACAAGCCAAAGCUGAACUCUACGCCGACCAGAGGAGACCGAGCCAAGCAGAAAUCUGCACAGCAAGAGCUCAAACAACGACAGAGAGCGGAGAUUUAUGCGUUGAAUAAAGUGAUGACAGAGUUGGAGCAGCAGCAGUUUGAUGCCUUUUGUAAACAGAUGCAGUCACAAGGAGAAUGACGAGUUCCUGCCUCUUUCACCUGGACCAGGACCUGUCAGCCUCCAGAAGCACUGUGUUACCACACGUUACCAACACACGACCGCACACUUACACUUAUGUUCAUUAGACAAUCUUUGCACUUUUACUGGCUUGAAUUCCUGACUCUCUGUUAACCUAAAUAUGACAGGGAGCAUUUUUAGAACAAGCCGAUAUUACUGUUAACUGAAAGGUCACUGGCAUUUCCUGUUCUUAUAUGUCGGUCUUUGUUAGACUAAUGUCAUGCCUAAAGUGAGCUUUCAUGCUCCCUUUUUUCAGUACUGUCAAAAUUGAGAUUUUGAAGUUGACCAGGUCAAACACAGGUUAUCAGCUGAAUAUUAACUCAAGAGGUCAUGAAGGGUAAAACGUAUCUAUGUUCUCAGCUGUACACCUUUAGAGUCACUGAGAUAUGUGUAGAAAAGCUGCAUGAAGGGAUUUUUUACCACUACAGUCUGCAUACAAGAGAACUUCCAGUGCACAUCGAGGCGUAAACAAUCGAGUUGAAGACCACUUGCCCUGCUGAACUUGUUACAGAUGGGCAAGUGAGGGCCUUUAUUUUUGUGUGUGCUGAAAACAAAUCAUUAAACGCUUUGGGGCUUUAAACUACAAAGUUAGAGCAGCCCUUCAAGACUGAAGCCAAAGCUUAAAACACAUCACAUAUUUUUAUGAAAUCAGUCUCUUGUGUGCAAGAGAAAGAAACAUUAAGGCAGCAUGUUAUUUAUUGAAUAUGUAUUAAUCUUGCUCAGAGGUGCUGCAGUGGUUCUGUAAAACGAUGUGUUGUUCAAAAAGCCUACAUAUAAAAAUAUUUUUGUCGAUGCAAAAUGUGAAUGUACCAGUAGUUUAGGCCCAGUGUUCACUGUGAGUUUAAAUGAGACACCAUGUAGUGGUUGGAUUGAUAUUCUUGAAAACGUUACCUUUAGUAUCUUAUUAUUUAGAGCAGGUGGAAAUGUUCCCAUUCUUAUUUUAUCCUUGUGUGUAAGUUUCUCAGUUAUUGUCCUCUGUUAUCAUCCCUCCUGUGUGUGUGGAUCACUGAGUAGCAGAACUUUCAGUCAGACUGAAUGAAGCGUGUCAGUUACUGUUGGAUGACUGCCGAACAGCCACAUUCACUCUAAGUGUAAGUGACAGAACAAGAGUUUUUGUUUUGUUUUUUUUCCAGUGAUCCAUAAA